ACUGUGAGUCGAAGGGGUGAGAUGCGUAGACGAAAAGAAGAAGGUACGCGUUUCGUUCGUUAAAUGACGUUAAAUGAAGUUACGUGGAGAUGAUUCCAAGUACACGCGUCUCGAAGGAGGAGACGAGCGUUUAACGAAUGUAUUCCCAGCAAGUUUAAAAUCUGCUCAUGGUUUGGUGCGAACGAACGUCUACGUUCUCGAUAAAGGCAAAGACACGAUCAAUUACAUUCGCAUAUACCGCCACGAUGAUUUCGAUGCAAACGUAUCUCUGUGUGUGUCCGUGUGCGUACAUUUGGUACAGUGGGGCGCAGUACGUAUCCCCGAAGAAAAGUUGAGGGCGGGGUCGAGUUGAACCAACUGGUAUAAAAUACACGCUAACGGAAAGCGACGACACACAGUUGCCUGAGAAAUAUCGGAACGUCGCGUUUGUAACGUAACAUCGAACAACACCAUGGAUUGCAAAAUUAUUGGUUACUUGGUCGCUUUCCUCUCUGUCGCUCGUGCUGGAAUAAUUGGACCGGGAGCAGGGUUAAUCGCCACUCCUGCCGGGGCGACAGUAGCAGCAAUUCCCGCGCCAGCCACCGCCGCAGUCGUCAGAACUGAAAAUUACGAUCCGAAUCCUCAGUACAGUUUCAGUUACAGCGUUGCCGAUGCUCUUACAGGUGACAACAAAGCCCAAGAGGAAACUCGUAACGGCGACGUGGUUCAGGGUAGUUACAGUUUAAUCGAGCCAGAUGGUUCGCGUCGAGUGGUCUCGUACGCCGCCGACCCCAUCAACGGUUUCAACGCUGUCGUUCAAAAGGAUCCCAGCAUCACGAUCAAGACCGCGACAGCCGUACGACCGGUUGUCACAUCGCCCUUAAUCGCACGACCGACCGCCGCUUUAGCCGUCCGACCGCAGGCCACACUGCUCGGUGCACCUCUGUUGAGACAACCACUGAUAGCAGCAGCAGCUCCAACGGUAGCCACCACGAACCUAGUCACCGCGAAUACAGGACUAGUCGGUCUCGGCGUGGGACUUGGAUUGAGGCAAGGUUCUCUGUAUGGUACGCAGGCUCUGCUCGCUGGUGCUUACGGCGCCGGAGGCAUCGUUAAAAUACAUUAGACGACUGAACGCGGUGCGAUGUGGCUCGGCUCGGCUCGGCUCGGCUCGAUUCGAUUUUAUUUUACUCGGCUCCGUUCCGUUUCUCUCCAUUCUGCUCCGCUUUGAUCCGCGCUUCUCGUGACUGAUCCAGAAACUCUCCGUACACAUUUGGAUAGAAAUUGAUCGAAUUGGCGACAGUUUUAUAUCGAUGUCGUGUUGCAUAUCUAUUCCUGUAAUCUUCACUAAUUUCGUCAUGUCGUUUCGUCAACUAUCGUUUCCAUCGAUUUAGAUCUACGUAGACUAGACGUUACGCUUUCAUCCCGAACUAGUUUCUUUUUUCAAGCGCGGUAACGACGGAAUACCGAUUACAUCAAUGUAAAAUUAAGGCAUAAUCCCAGAAACGUUACACACACGAAAUCGCAAACAUUUGAACCGGGUAUCGUUUAUCGAUUCUUCCGGUUAUCUCGUUCCCUGUCUUUUCGACUCUAUUCGCACGAUCGAUCGCCGAUCAUCCCGUUUAGCCACAGUUUUCGUCGUCUCUCUUAUUUAGCCGUGUAUCUAACGAAACAGUGCAACGUUUAAUCGCAUUUUUCCAUCUUGAGAUCUGCUUAACGAGCAAACUUAACAAUACCGCGGACAAAUACACGUACACAAAUAGCCAAUAUGUAGUAUACCUGGAUAUUUUCCAAUAGAUGAUAAAUCUCAUUGGCGAACGAAAAGAUAAAACCUAACGCGACCCUCUAUCAAUCACCGCUUUAACCUCCAAAGAUGGAAAGCGUACAAGAUACACGAGCGACGAAACAUAAGCGCGGAUAUGUACCGAAGGACGUUGUUUCUUUUGUUUGUUUGUUUAUUUUUUUUUUGUAAACGAGUACGAUUACUGGACAGAGAAUAAACCUAUUACUUAGCAAACAUCCGUUAGAGUUUAAUAGUUCCAUCGACCAUGAAAUAAAACGAGUUAGCCUACUCUUAAGAUAGUUUAACACGUCAGAUGGAAAAGUUUCCCAACGAUUGGUGUUACAGUAAACGGAAAAACGUAUCGACUUUCUCGACCCGGAUUGACGACGAUAUUAUCGCCUCGACUUCGAAAAACCGUACACUGUAUACUCGAAAACUAUGGGUACUCGUUGUCGCAUUCGACAGCGGAGCUUUGGAAACGCUGCGAAAACGGCUCGAAUAUUUUCGGUUCACGGUUUACAAGAAUUUUCCCUCGAACGUUAAAGCGUAACGCUGCUGCAAUAUCGUCUGUAUAAAAUUUGUGCAAAUAUGUUAAACUUACGUAAAUUUCCGAGUUACGAUUGAAUCUGAUAACUGGUAAAAAUAAACGUUAAUGGUUUCGACAGGAAAACCUUAAAAGCUCGUACGGUGAAUUUUCGUAACAGUUGCGUUCCAUACAUUUCUUUAUCCUUUGAUUCCAAUCCAGCAUCCUAUACUGCGACGUCCACCGAAUCGUAUAUGUAUGCAGGUUAGGUUAUGUCAAAGUCCAUUUGUGUGGAAAGUAAUCCACUUUCCAAUCUAUAAAAGAAAUGAUAAGCGAAACAUUAUGUGCAACGUAAAAAUGUAAACAAUUAUCCUAUCGUUCUGGUUUCGCGACUCUGUAUUGGCGUCGUUUUGCGUAAGGUGUCAAGGGAUGGUAAGCAUAAAAAAAAAUGAUUAACCGAACAAAUAUAAAAUAUUUGUUUCAACUUUAUUAAAAUAUUAUUUUUCGAUCACUGAGUAGCGUGUCGUAUAUGAAAAAUGCACACGACAAUCGUAAAAAUAUUACGAAUAAAACGCAAGCGUAACUAAAUUUCGAGAGAAAAUAUCGACCAAAUUUGACGAGGAAACGUCGAUACCGAAACUGAUCCAAGAUUUAUUCGAUAAUAACUGUCAGCAUACUAAUCUUUACGGUGUUUUCUUAUCUAAAUAUUCUUCGAUCGUGCAAGAAAAGCGAGAUAAACAUAGUUAAGUACAUACAUACAUACAUACAUACUUACUUGCAUACAUACAUACAUACAUACGUGUUACACGAUCAAGAUACGAUUUGCUGCUUAACAUUAAGCGUACAAAAUUCCCAUUCCAAAUGUAAUUAGUAAUGAUCCAAACCAGGUACAACGAAAUUGUAACUAUGUACGAAUCAGCUAUACACACACACAUACAUACGUACAUACAUAUACACGCAUACGCGUAUAUGUGUACAUGCGUGCUUGUACAUGUUCAUACGUACAAUACGUUUGUAAAUUAUAAGGGCAUCCAACGUUACCGACUUCCAAUAUUAGACUAAUGUGUCAAUAGCCUGACUUGGAAAUUAAGGAACAUUUCCCUGAAAAAGUUUACGGUGACAAAGUAAUAUUGUGCACCUCUUUGUCUAUA